CGCGAUCUCCAGCCCGCCAGCACCAGCUCCAAUCGUGAAUCCCUACGAUCUACAACUCCGCCGUCCGCGCCGAUCCCGUCUAUUGUCCGGCUCGCGACUUGUCUUCUAUUCAGCCUCGUUUUGGGACUCCGAAGGCGGACCGCCGUCCGUUUCUCUCACGUGGGCGGCCGCGCAUCCCAUCAUCGUCACCUCCGAUCCAACUGCCCGGAGCUCUCCUUGCCAGUCUCAGCUAUGCUCAUCGCGCGCUGUCACCUUAUGUCAUGAGCGCGAUGCCUGCCUCGUCCCCUUCGGCUCGACCGCCCUCUCUCUUGCCUGAGCGCCGGAAUUGGAGAAGGGCUUCCGGCUUAUCUGUUGUCUCCCCGAUCAGCGAGCGCCCGACCCCGGAUAAUGGCCAGCCCCCCGCGAUCACCGAGGAGAUCAGCGAAAUCAAGCGCUACGAGGAUUUUACAACCAUUGACUGGGUUCAGGAUGCGGUUCAUGAGCAGGCCCGUCGGAGAGCCAAGCGACGGGAUGGCUCUGGGUUUUGGGACCAGGAAGGUACUUUUGGGUGGAGACGCAAAGUGCGCGAGUCCUACGAUGCUGGACAGGCGUGGCUGGUGAUUACAAUUGUCGGGGCGGCCAUUGGGUUGAUCUCGGCUUUUUUGAACAUCAUUACGGAGUGGUUGUCGGAUGUCAAGUUGGGCCACUGUACGACGGCGUUCUACCUCAAUGAGCAGUUUUGCUGCUGGGGUGCUGAAGGAGGAUGCCCUGAGUGGAGACCUUGGACUUCCUACUGGAUCGUGAACUACUUCAUCUAUAUCUUCUAUGCGGUCCUGUUUGCCUUCGUCGCCGCCAGCUUGGUCAAAUCAUUCGCGCCGUACGCCGCAGGCUCCGGUAUCUCCGAGAUCAAAUGUAUAAUUGCGGGUUUUGUGAUGAAGGGUUUCCUGGGCGCAUGGACGUUGCUGAUCAAGUCGAUUGCGCUGCCGUUGGCUAUUGCAUCCGGUCUGUCUGUGGGCAAAGAGGGCCCCAGUGUACAUUUUGCUGUGUGUACCGGAAAUGUGAUCUCGCGGUUCUUCAGCAAAUACAAGCAGAAUGCGUCCAAGACUAGGGAGGUUUUGACGGCCACCGCAGCGGCAGGAGUGGCUGUCGCGUUUGGUAGUCCCAUCGGCGGAGUGCUGUUUUCUCUCGAGGAAGUUGCAUCCUAUUUUCCGCUUAAAACAUUGUGGCGGAGUUACUUUUGUGCUUUGGUUGCGACUGGUAUCCUGGCGGUGAUGAAUCCGUUCCGGACAGGGCAACUGGUCAUGUUCCAGGUGCAAUACGACCGCACCUGGCAUUUCUUCGAGCUGAUCUUCUUCAUCUUCAUUGGUGUCUUUGGUGGACUAUACGGGGCACUCGUGAUCAAGUGGAACCUUCGGGUCCAGGCAUUCAGGAAGAAGUACCUGUCGCAGCAUGCCGUCAUGGAAUCGGUUGUGCUUGCUGGGGUUACUGCAAUCCUAUGCUACCCGAAUAUGUUCCUGAAGAUUAACAUGACCGAAAUGAUGGAGAUUCUAUUCCGCGAGUGCGAAGGCGGGCAUGAUUAUAACGGCCUAUGCCAAUCUAAGAACCGGUGGUCUAUGGUCCUGUCGCUGGCCGUGGCUACCAUCCUUCGCAUCUUCCUGGUCAUCAUAUCCUAUGGCUGUAAGGUUCCGGCUGGAAUUUUCGUGCCAUCGAUGGCCGUUGGAGCAUCGUUUGGACGGUUUGUCGGGAUUCUUGUCCAGGCACUGCACGAAGCGUAUCCGAAGUCGAAAUUCUUUGCGUCAUGCGAGCCCGACAUUCCGUGUAUCACGCCUGGAACGUAUGCUUUUCUGGGGGCCGGCGCAGCUCUGAGUGGCAUCAUGCAUCUGACCAUCUCGGUGACGGUCAUUAUGUUCGAGCUGACCGGAGCCCUAAAUUAUAUUCUUCCAACCAUGAUCGUCGUCGGAGUCACCAAGGCCGUCAGUGACUGCUUUGGCAAGGGGGGUAUUGCAGAUCGCAUGAUCUGGUCCAACGGAUUCCCCUUCUUGGACAACAAAGAGGACCAUGUCUUCAACGUACCUGUCUCCCAAGCCAUGACAUCCGACCCGGUGUCGCUCCCUGCGUCCGGCUUUCCCGUUCGCGAAGCCGAGCACCUGUUAAGUGACAACAAGUUCCAAGGCUUCCCCAUUGUCGAAGACCGGACGAGAAAGACGCUCGUCGGAUACAUCGGCCGCACCGAGCUGCGAUACGCGAUCAACCGAGCCAAAGCCGAGGGGCUAUUAUCGCCCUCCGCCAAAUGCAUCUUCACCCGAGAAGCUGCCGAGGCAUCAGUCGCGCGCCGAGCAUCAUCUACAUCCUAUCUCCACCCGGAGACCUUCGACGACAUCCAAACCAACACAGGGGCCAGUUAUGUGGACUUUAGCCGCUACGCGGACCACACACCGCUGACCGUGCACCCUCGUCUAGCCUUGGAGACGGUGAUGGAAAUCUUCAAGAAGAUGGGCCCGCGAGUCAUCCUCGUCGAGCACCGCGGUCGCCUAACCGGACUGGUCACAGUUAAAGACUGCCUGAAAUACCAAUUCAAGGUGGAAGCCGAGGAACAGGCCCUGGCGGCCACAAGUCCACCCCAGCUAUCUUUGGGGGGACAAAACGGUCGAAGCAGUGACACGUUAGAGGAACGUCUAUGGCAUCUGAUGCAGCGGAUCGGCUCGAUGCUCCCAUGGCAGCGAACACGAGAGCAGGUAGUGGUGCCGGAGCGCGAACCCACCCCGAGACCUGCACCGAGUGUACGAAACGAAGUCGAUGAUGACGAGGCGAUGGUGGAAUUAGAGGAACGCUAGAUACUUCCUUCACACCAUAUAUACAUCCCAUCCCAUACAUAUAUCGCUAAAUCGAUAGAUAGCAUUGAUACCAAUUCACAAUGUACAUACAUAUACCAUCCUACCAUCC